AUGUAUGGAAAAUUUCAGUUUUUACCUAGAAGUGGGCUGCUGUGUUUGAACUCAAGAUUUUAGAAACUUUAGCUACUUUCUUCUUGCUCCUUCUUCUUCCUUAACAUGAAAUCAUGGAGUUGGAAUCUCUUUUUUCCUUCCUUGGUACCUGACCGACAGAGAGAGAGAGAGAGGCUUAAAUGAAAACUCACGGAUAUUGUUGGAUGCCUCGGCGGGCGGAUCAUUCAUGAGCCUUGAACUUGACGAAGCUGAAGAACUCAUUGAGCGGAUCUCAACAAACGGAUCCACUUGGUACUCUGACCGUCCAUCCACUCAACCGAAAAUUGGAGGCAUGUACGAAGUUGAUCAAAUGUCGGCCAUGGCUGCUAAGGUCGAUAGCAUGAUGAGCAUGAUCCAAAAGAUUGCUCAAGUCUCUGCUGUGCAAAACACUGCGCCAGCACCGCCUCCUGUUCAUGUUCUCAUGUGUGUAUCCUGUGGUGGACAACAUGAUCAAUCCACAUGUCCAUGGGAUGCAAUGGAGCAAGUUGAUUAUGUCAACUACAACCGGCCGCAGCAACACCAAAAUCCAUUUGGCGGAUUUAGUUCUCAAAACAGAAAUCAUCCUGGUUUCUCUUGGAACAAUUCCAGUGGAGCUGCCAAUCCACAAGCUUAUCGGAGUUCACCACCCGGCUUUCACAAUCAACAGCAACAACAAUUUAGAGGUGGCCAAGGUUUUGCUAACAAUCAACAAGUUAAGCAAAACCAAAGCUUCCCAUAUGUUCCAAAUCAACAAAAGCCGAUCCUGCCAACUCCUGAAACACCAUCGGCUCCCGACUUGGAUAACAUUGUUGAUCAGCUACUCAAAUCUCAACUAGCCCAAGCCGAAACCUUGAAGAAUAUUUCUGAAGAGCUUACUCAACUUCGAGCUCACAAUAGGAUGCUUGAAAAUCAAAUCUCUAGUCAAGCAUCAACAUCCUCAACAAAGGUGACCGGAAAAUUGACAGUUUGUCCUGAGAAUCCAAGAGAACAAAUGAAUGCUAUCACUACUCGGAGUGGGAAACAACUUCAAUCUCCAUCUCUUCCGAGUAGUGAGCCCGAUGAAGAAAUAAGGGAGGAUGCCAAGGAAGAAGCUCAGAACAAAGUCAAAGGAGAUGCUGCUGAAAUGCUGCCGGAGUCAAUUCAGAUCAAAGAAGGAAAGAAGAAAGAAGAUGAAGGUUUGUUCAACCAAGACAAUAUCCAAGUAAAACGAGACUCCUCAAAUUCAUAACCACUUCCAUGAAAUGCAUUGAGAGUGAAGAACUAAGACUAGAAUUCUAAAACCCAAUUCCUUGAUGAUUUAAAACUCAUUUCCAAAACCACACAUUGUUUGGUACACAAACAAUUAGGGAAAUAAUCCUCUAUCACAAACUACUUAGGAUUUAUCCACAAAUAAUCCUACAAAUGAAGAAUCAAAGCAUAAUAAUCAUCAAACACUUAAACAAUCCAACACCCAAGUCUAGAUAUCUAGCCACUCAUGAUGUCAAGAAACACAACCAUAAGAAAAGAACACAAAUAUUAAAGAGAAAUAAUCUAACAAGUGAAUACAAAAGUAGAGUGAACAAAUCUAAAGAAAAUAGUGCUAAAGCUUAGAUUUAGGAGGAAAAAGUGGGAGUGAAUUGAACCAGGCUAGAGCUUAGAUUCGCCGUAGAAAUCACAAUCCCAGGUCGCCGUUUCCGAUGGCUGGACGCUCGUCGAAGAAGGAGCAGCUGAGGUGCCGCUGCUGUGCUCCGUCGUCGCCUCCGUCUACCGCUUCUUCCUAGCGCCGUCGUCGAUCGAAGGUUACCGAGCAGACCUCGUCUGCCCAGUCCCAGCGUCUAUCCGAGCCUCUGGUCCUCAGCGUCAAUCGAAGAAGACAGUCCCUCGUCUCGCCUCUGUCGGUUGUCUCAGAUAGAAAGCCCUAGUUUCUGUCCCGUCCGUCCCUCCUUUUUCCAGCCUCUGGUCCAACCUCCUAUCUAUCCAAAUAAACUUUUUCAAAUUAUAAAAUAGACCCCAUUUAUCUAAUAAGUUUGUUAAUAGGUCCUUCCCUUAUAAUUGGACUCCAAAAUCAAACCAUAAACAGAAAUCACUCCAAAAUUAUAAUAUCACACAAGAUUAAGCAAUUUAAUAUAAAAACAGAGUCAAU